AUGUCACAGCACAAGGAAAUCAGGGAAGGUGGCCCUAGACCGACUAGGGGUGAUGUUGGCGAGAGCUUCAGCUCCAACCCGGAGGAGCUAAAUGACGAGGACACACUUCUUAGGGACUUGAUUCCCCCGAAAGUUGUCCCCAUAAGGAGGGAUAAUGUUGAAGCACCCGUAGAAGUGGGUGAAGGUUCUGUGGCACUAAAGUUGAAUCGUUUGUUGCAAAAUGUCGUGAGGGCAACGAUUGCUGCUCAGUCGCAGUCGGCACUACAACCUACAGUUCAAGUUGAGGAGACGCCAGCUCAGAAGCGUCUCAAGAUUGUUAAGGGGUUUUCUCAGCUGAUGCCGGUUAUGUUUGAGGGCGGUGCGGAUCCAAUGAUAGCAGAUGACUACAUGGAGCAAGUUGAAACUCAAUUGACUUCUAUGGAUGUGACGGAGGAUCAUUUGAAGAUCAUCCUAGCUACUUAUAAGUUUGCUAAGGAUGCCAAAUUAUGGUGGAAGUUGGUUACGAGCCGAUACAAGGUAGAAGAGAUGAGUUAUGACAAGUUCAAGGAAUUGUUUUAUGAAAAGUACUUUCCGCUUUCCAAAAGAUGGGAGUUACAAGAUCAGUUUCAUAACCUUAUCCAAGGGAGCAUGUCAGUGGUAGAAUAUGAAAACAAGUUCACUUCACUUUCUCGCUUUGCUCCAGAAAUGGUGAAAGAUGAAGCUAACAAGACUCGGAAGUUUGUUUCUGGUCUUAAUGAUCGGAUGAGGCCGUUGAUCACGGCACAGUUCAUUAAGGUUGUUUCUGGUCUUAAUGAUCGGAUGAGGCCGUUGAUCACGGCACAGUUCAUUAAGGUUUACUCUGAAGCAGUAAAAAGGGCUUUGAUGCUGGAAGCUGAUAAUAAAGAGAAGGAUGCAAGAAGAGAGCAGUAUAAGCAAAAGAGGGGUGCAGGGCCAUCUUCAGAAGGAUCUUCUUGGAAAAGGAACAGGGGCGGUCCAUCUUAGUUUCAAGGACAGCAGUCUGCACGAUCUGCUCCUACCACUCCGUUGCCAGCUGCGUCUGAUAGGAGUGCAGUUGUUUGCAUCAUUUGCACUUGCAUCGGGGUUAGAGGUCAGUUUUAUGGAUCGAGCGUUGUGUGUUGAUACACCAGUUGGAGUUUCAGUGUCUUUAAGCCGAGUCAUAAGGGACUGUUCCAUUGUGAUAGCCAGGCGGACUUUUGUGUUUGACCUUAUCCUCCUGGAGAUGACUAGCUUUGAUGUCAUUCUCGGGAUGGAUUGGUUAGCUUCCUUUCAUGCCACGAUUGACUGUUACAGAGGAAGGGUUACAGUUUGUACUCCCGAGGGAGACUGUUUCUUUUUUGUGGGAGAUCGGAGUGAUUCCCACAUUUCAUCAAUUUAUGGAAUUCGUGGACGGGGUCGUAGUGAUUACUUUUUGGCUAGCCUUAUAGCCGAAGAGGAUGAUGUUGUGGAAGAAUAUUAUCCUGCAGUUGUUCGUGAUUUUCUGGAUGUGUUUCCGGAGGAUUUGACAGAGUUACCUCCACACCGAGAAGUGGAGUUUACUAUUCACUUAAUGCCCGGUACCGCGCCGAUUUCUAUGGCACUGUAUCGUAUGGCACCAGUUAAAUUGGAGGAAUUAAAAAGACAGCUUGAUGAUUUGAGGAUGAAAGGUUUCAUCCGACCGAGUGUGUCACCAUGGGGCGCACCGGUCUUGUUUGCUAAGAAGAAAGAUGGUUAUUUGAGGUUGUGCAUCGAUUAUCGAAAGUUGAAUCGCGCCACCAUCAAGAACAAGUAUCCUUUGCCAAGGAUAGAUGAUUUAUUUGAUCAGUUGAGGGGAGCCAGUUGUUUCUCCAAGAUUGACUUGAGGUCUGGCUAUUAUCAGUUACGGGUUAGAGAUGAGGAUAUCCCGAAGACAGCAUUCCGUACACGGUAUGGACACUGUGAGUUCUUUGUUAUGCCUUUUGGCUUGACUAAUGCUCCAGCGGCAUUCAUGGACUUAAUGAAACGCGUCUUUCACGAUUACUUGGACCAGUUUGUGAUAGUUUUUGUGGGUGACAUUCUUGUGUAUUCAUGAUCUCGGGAGGAGCACAAGAUCCAUUUAAGUAUUGUUUUACAAAUUUUGCGGGAACACCGGUUGUAUGCAAAAUAUAAGAAAUGUGAAUUUUGGCUACAAGAGGUGACGUUUUUGGGACAUGUUGUUUCAGAAGGCGGAGUGUCAGUUGAUCCAUCAAAGAUUGAAGCUGUUUUGAAUUGGGAGCAACCCAAGAAUGUGUUUGAGAUCCGUAGUUUUCUUGGUUUAGCAGGUUACUACCGGAGAUUUGUGAAAGAUUUCUCCCGUUUAGCAGCGUCUAUGACCCGUUUAACCCGGAAAGGGAUUAAGUUUGCAUGGAAUGAAGCCUGUGAGUCAUCUUUCCAGGAUUUGAAGACAAGAUUAACUAUGGCUCCAGUGUUGGUGAUACCUGAGCAUGGCUUGGGUUACGUAAUCUAUUGUGAUGCUUCACGUGAUGGUUUAGGGUGUGUGUUGAUGUAGGAUAGUACAGUAGUGGCUUAUGGGUCUCGACAGUUGAAGACUCACAAGUACAACUACCCUACUCAUGAUUUGGAGUUGGCGGCAGUUGUGUUUGCUUUGAAGUGUUGGAGACACUACUUGUAUGGUAAGAGAUUCGAGGUGUACUCGGAUCAUAAAAGUCUCAAGUACCUUUUAUCCCAAAAGGACUUGAACAAUAGACAUAGAAGAUGGGUUGAAUUCUUGGAAGAUUAUAAUUUUGACUUGCAGUAUCAUCUAGGCAAGGCAAAUGUGGUAGCAGAUGCCUUAAGCCGAAAAUCUCGUGGAACUUUGGCCUGUCUGGCUAUUCGGAAGUGGAAGAUGCUUAAGGAUUUGGCAGAGAUGGGAUUGUAUUAUUUUGAUGAUGAUGUUGACAGCGAGCCGACAUUCUUGUUUAGUCUUGUGGCUCAGCUUACUCUUGUUGUACGAGUGAUUGAGUCACAGAGACAGGACCCGGAUUUAGAUACUAUUCACGCUUUGAUCUCUAGUGGUGAAACAGUGAAAGAUUGGGCCUUGUAUGCAGAUGGGGGUCUACGGUUCAGGGGUUUGUUGGUGGUUCCUACGGUUUGUCGUGAGGACGUCUUACGGGAGUUUCACACUUCCCGCUUUGCAGUUCAUCCAGGUGAUACCAAGAUGUAUCACAAUUUGAGACGUCAGUAUUGGUGGAACAGGAUGAAGAAAGAUGUUGCACAGUUUGUGGCUAGAUGCCUCACCUGUCAACAGGUGAAGGCCGAGCAUCAAAAACCAGCCGGUUUAUUGCAACCAUUGCCUGUAGCGCAGUGGAAAUGGGAGUAUAUUGCUAUGGAUUUUGUGACAGGUCUUUCAAGGUCACGAAGGGGCAAUGAGUCCAUAUGGGUCAUCAUUGACAGAUUGACCAAGACGGUUCACUUUUUGCCUAUUAAGGCAACAGAUGAUGCAGAAAACUUGGUAUUCUUUAUGUGAAGGAGAUUGUAAGGUUGCAUGAAGUUCCAGUAACCAUUGUUUCAGAUAGGGAUGCUAAGUUCACUUCAAAGUUCUGGGAAGGACUUCAAGCAGCGUUUGGCUCAGCGUUGCACCUGAGUAUGGCAUUCCAUCCACAGACUGACGGUCGGUCGGAGCGUACUAUCCAGAUUUUGGAGGAUAUGCUUCGGGCAUGUGUGCUUGACUUGGGUGGUAGUUGGGAGGAUCAUCUUCCACUUAUUAAAUUUGUCUACAACAACAGUUAUCAGGCGAGCAUUCAGAUAGCUCCAUUUGAGGCGUUGUAUGGUAGACCUUGUAGGUCUCCUGUUUGUUGGACUGAGGUAGGCGAGACAGCCGCCUUAGGACUUGACAUUGUACUCGAGACUACUGAGAAGAUUAAGUUGAUAAGACAGAGGUUACUUACAGCUCAGAGCCGACAGAAGAGUUAUGCGGAUAAGCGGAGAUGGUCGUUAUCCUUUGAGGUGGGAGAUUAUAUUUUUCUACGGGUUUCUCCACGGAAAGGAUUGAUGAGAUUCGGGAAAAGUGGCAAGUUGUCGCCACGAUUCAUCGGACAGUUUGAGAUUUUGGACUGUGUAGGAGAGGUUGCCUAUAGACUUGCUUUGCCACCAUAGUUAGAUAGGGUCCACAAUGUUUUCCAUGUAUCGAUGUUACGGUAGUACGAGCCAGAUCCAUCUCACAUUUUGAGUUGGGUUGAUGUAGACAUUGAUGAGGAUGUUUCCUACGAGGAAGGACCAGUUCAGAUUCUUGACAUGCAACAAAAGGUGUUGAGGAACAAGACGAUACCAGUGGUGAAAGUCCUUUGGAGACACCACGGAGUCGAGGAGGCUACUUGGGAGCUCGAACAAGAGGUUCGCUCUAAGUAUCCAGAGUUAUUUUUUUCCCCAGGUAUGGCUUGAUUUCGGGGACGAAAUCUUUUGAAAGUUGGGGAGAAUGUAAUGUCUGUGUCAAUAUAUAUAUAUAUAUAUAGGUUAAAAGAAAAUUUUUUAUUUAGCUGUGGGACCCACUUAUUUUAUGUUAUCAUGUGCCAAAUGGGAUUACAGACCCAUUUUUUCUGUUCAUUUUCUCUCUUCCCGCUGCCUUUCUUCCUCUCUGUUUUUCUUUUUUUUCUUUUUCUUUUGCAACUUCCACUCUUGAUUUCUUCCUUUAUCCUUGGUAGAUUUGAGAGCCGUUUGAGGCAAAACGAAGCCCACAACGAGCUCUACGCGCUAGUGUAAGCAAUUUCAGAUUUGGUCUUCCUAGGGGCUUCGAAUUUAGAGACCCAUUUUAAGGGUUUUGGCUCACUUUUGAGGUCUUGGAAAUGAACUGGUGGACGACAAUCCACCUCAAGCUUGAAAGUUGUUAGAAGGUUGUUUGCUAUUUUGUAUUUUGACCGUUUUUUGUAUAUUCAUAGUUGUGGGGAUGUAACUAAGUUAGUAUUCAUGGCCUUGUAACUUAAGAACGAACUUAUCUUUUGUUUGAUGUAAAUGAAACUAAUGGAAUUAUGGUAUAUGUUUCCAUGCAAUUGUAUCAUGUAACGUUGUAAGACAGGGACUUUAAAUCUUAACCAUGUAUUUUGGGACUGUAAUUAUGAUAAUUUAGAUUAAUUGGUGUGUGGAUAUUCCACCAUGAGAGGAACUAUGUUGAGGUAUAAUGAACGGAUGAAUGGGAUGCUGGAUGAUUUUAUGUGUUUUGUGUAUUGGGACAGUUGUUGAAGGCCCAUUUUUAGGGGAGGUUAUGCCGAAUUUUUUUUUUUUUUUAAAUUUUGGCAUCAGCUAGGGUCGUUACACCGCCGCCUUAGGACCCGACUUAGUACUCGAGACUACUGAGAAGAUUAAGCUGAUCAGAUAAAGGUUACUUACAGCUUAGAGCCGAUAGAAGAGUUAUGCGGAUAAGCAGAGACGGCCGUUAUCCUUUGAGGUGGGAGACCACGUUUUUCUACGGGUUUCUCCACGGAAAGGAUUGGAAAAGUGACAAGUUGUUUCCACGAUUCAUUGGACCGUUUGAGAUUUUGGACCGGGUAGGAAAGGUUGUCUACAGACUUGCUUUGCCACCACAGAUGGACAGAGUCCACAAUAUCUUUCAUGUAUCGAUGUUACGGAAGUACGAGCCGGAUCCAUCUCACAUUUUGAGUUGGGUUAAUGUGGACAUUGAUGAGGAUGUUUCCUACGAGGAAGAACCAGUUCGGAUCCUUAACACACAGCAGAAGGUGUUGAGGACCAAGAAGAUACCAAUGGUGAAAGUUCUUUGGAGACACCACGGAGUCGAGGAGGCUACUUGGGAGCUCGAACAGGAGGUUCGCUCCAAGUAUCUAGAGUUGUUUUCUUCCUCAGGUAUGUCUUUAUUUCGAGGACGAAAUCUUUUAAAGUUGGAGAGAAUG